UAGGUUCUUGCGAUGAUUUUUGGGUUAUUUUGGGGUGUUUUUACUUAAUUAUUCAUAGGCCUAUACAUAAGAAAGCUUACGCAGAAAGAUACUCGUGUUAUCUCCAAAUGUGUCAUGUAGGGCGUAAUCUGUUUCACAACCCAUUAUUAUAAUUUGAAUGGCUGCGUGUUUUCAUCAACACGCGCUUGUUUUAUAGUCAGGCUCCUCUCUUUGAGUGUUUACGGUAGCGCGCGCCUCUAACGCUUCACAGUAAGUUUAUAGCUUUCUUGUCAAAUGUGUGACAGUCAUCAUCAGAGAAAGAUCGUUUUCUCCCUGUAGUAUACUUAAUAUUGACAAAAUGGGCUAUGAGCUGGAUCGUUUUGAGAGCGCAGUGGAUCUCGACUUCAUCUGUAAACUGUGUCGGAAAGUUGUGGAGGAGCCUCUGGCCACCCCGUGUGGACACGUCUUCUGCGCCGCAUGCGUGCUCCAGUGGCUCUCCAAAGUCCACAGCUGUCCCAUCCAGUGCCAAAAGAUCACCAGCAGCGACCUUAAUCACGUUCUGCCCCUGAAGAACCUCAUCUUCAAACUAGAUGUGAAAUGUGACCACCGUGAUCGAGGCUGUAAGAAAGUGAUGAAGCUCCAGCAUCUCUCUGAGCACACGGACACGUGCGACUUUUCUCCGGUUAGAUGCGAGAAUGAAGGAUGCGGCGCGGUGAUCCAUCUGAAAGACGUCGCAUCACACGUGCGAGAGACAUGCGCACAGAGACCGGCGGAGAUUUGUGAGGAUGGAUGUGGACUGAUGCUCACCAUCAAGGAGAACACGGAGGACCAUAGUUGUCUUCGAGCGCUGAAAGCGCGCAACGGGCUUCUCCAAAACAAAGUGAUGGAGCUGGAAAGAGAGCUGAAGCGACGGUGUUUGAGGUUUAAUAUGAGGGAGAGAUCGCUCCUCACCAAACUUUCAGCGCUUCACUGCGAGCUUAACAGGACAGCGCGGAGAUUUCAAGAGAAAAUCACCGAGUACAAGAGCAGAAUUGACGCGCUGGCAAACAGCUCCAAUAAGGGAGAAGAUAGAAUGACCCUCAAAGUGACCCUCCACAGAGCAUCAGGAUCUCUGGGAUUUAAUAUCAUUGGAGGACGGCCAAAUGAGGUAAAUGGAAGGAACCUUUCCCAGCGCACCCAUAAUCAACCACUAGAGACCUUUCAAACAGCCGAAGAGCCCAUUGAGGUCCAGAUACGGCGCAGGACAGCACAUAAAACUCAAGGAGUGGACAGCAGUACACAAACCAACAUUACUCUGAAAUAUCUGAAACAUUUAGAGGCUAAACUGUCCUCUCCAUCAUUGCCACUGGGUUUAGCCGUGCUGGAUAGUUACCUUUCACCCACAGGCUGUCACAUGCCCAGAUGUGAUUCACUUUACCCUUCAGAUUUCUUUCCCAGCAUACAGAGAGACAUUAAAAGCAGAGGAUUUGAUCAUGAGAUUGAUGCAGAAGGUGUUGCAGCUAAAGAUGGCAGAAUUCAGCAAGCAGAUCCGAUUAUACAGAGUACGCAUGAAGAGGAUGGAGGUACUACUGAUACGGCAACUAUGCUGUCUAACCAUCAUGAGAAAGACAGCGGUGUGAGCCGCACAGAUGACAGCACUCGUAAUGAUGAAAGCUCAGAGCCGGAGAUCCUGGGGGACAACUUGACCUUUGUUUGGGACACUCUUCCAGAAAACCACAAGAAGUACUUCAGCCAGGACACGGUAGGUAGUGGAGACCUGCACCUAAGUAAUGACUCCUUCCUGUCUGUUGACAAUGUAGACUGUGGAAAAGUCCUCAAUAUACCCGGCGUGGCUUGCGAGGACUUACGAGAACUUCUUGAAUUGAAAUGCCUGCCGAAUGGAAACAGUCCUUGUGAAUAUCUGGAGCACGAUGCCAGGGUAUACAAAGAGAGGAUUAGUUGGGAUUGUGAUGACCUUGAUGUUCAGAUGCUCAAUGAAGAACUGCUAAACAUUGAACUUGAGUGUCUAAGUAUCAUACAGGCACAUAGACUACAAACAGGAGAAGGUCUACAAUCCAGCAAUGAUUCAGGUACCAAGCACCUUACCAAGCAAAGUGUGGAAAAAGUCCAUCAAGACCUCAUUAAUAAGCAAGUGGACAAGGAAAGCUCUAGCGCCUACAACACUGGAGAAAGUUGUUGGAGCAUUCCUCCUGCUGUAGAACUUUCGGAAUUCCAAAAUUUGGUUACAGAAGACAAAGGGAAAAGUUCUCCCAAGCAUAGACGCAACUCAACAACAGCAACGUGCUCAAAGCAUCUUCUUUCUCCUAUUCAGGAGGCUACCCCCACCAAAAGUCAAUCUCCUUUAGGAAACCCAGAGGCCACGAAAGUGGAAAAAACUAAGCAGAAGUGGAAGAACCACCCAGGGAAAAGGCAUUCCUCAUACAAGAACACCUACAUCCCAGCUCAUGCACAACAUUACCAAAGCUACAUGCACCUUAUACAACAAAAGUCAGCUGUUGAGUACGGCCAAAGUCAAAUCAGCUUAGCCAGCCUGUAUAAGAACCCAGAGACCUUCCCCACGGACUCCAGACCCAAGAUGGAAUGGAAGGUAAAGAUUCGUAGUGAUGGAACACGGUACAUCACCAAAAAGCCUACGAGGGAUCAACUGCUGAAAGAGCGUGCAUCGCGCAUCCAAAAAGAACGCUGUGGCAUGACAACGGACGAUGAUGCAGCGAGCGAACUCAAACUGGGUCGAUACUGGAACAAGGAGGAGCGCAAGCAGCACGCAGCACACGCCAAGGAACAGCGGCAACAGAGGGAACUCAGGAAGCAGUGCUGCAUGGAAGGCAAGGAGCAGGCAGCAACUAUGGAGGACAAGAUAACGCCAGAUAUUAUUCAGCUCAGCCACAAAAAGAUGAUGAAAAAACGGAAUAAGAGAAUACUCGACAACUGGAUGACCAUUCAGGAGCUCUUGACACAUGGCACAAGGUCCACAGAUGGAACAAGACUAUAUAAUUCCUUUCUUUCUGUGACUACGGUGUAAGGCAGGGGUGGGGAAUUCUGGGUCCUGGAGGGCCACUGUGAUGCAAAGUUCAGUUCCAACCCUAAUCAAACAUGCCUGCAUUUCAUUUCCAAGUAAUCCUGAAGACUUUGAUUAGAUUUUUAAGGUGAGUUUAAUUAGGGUUGGACCUAAACUCUGUAGGACAGUGUCCCUCCAGGACCAGGAUUCCCCACCCCGGUGUAAGGGAUUGCUUGGUCAAAGUUGGAAGUAUAGUUCAUUUUUUAACCUGUACGCUUGAGCACACAGCAUCACAAAACAUACUUCAUUGAUUUUAACGCAUAGAUAGACAUUGGACGCAUGCAAUACUGUCCAUAAGGAGCAGUUAGGUAGGUCUAAAGAGGUGAUGCCAUGAGUUAAAAUCUUUGCACUCUUUCAUGCUAUAGUUGAAAAGAGAGUCAAUUCAGACAAUCUAAUUAUAUGGCCUCCCUUGUUGAUGUAGCUUGCACGUGUUCCGGUCCAUUUUGUUAAUGGAGUUUUAAAUCGACUACCCUGUGAAUUGAUGCCCAUCCAGGCCUCGGUUGCCAUCUUGUGGAUAAACUAAUUACUGCAAUUAAAUAAAAUGCACGUGUGCGACCUGCGUGUACAAAGUAUGCACAGUUACAAAAAUCUGGCGGUGCGCUAACGUGCACUCAAAUUAUCUGCUUGUUAAGUUUGACGUCAUGCACCUCUUCUAGGUCCAACCGAUCUUAAAUGUCAUAGGGAAAUAACAAUACGCUAAUAUGCACUUGUUUUAUAAUGCAAAACUCCCAAAAACACCAAUUAUAAUUUUGAUCUCCAUAACAAAAUCCAAGAUGACCUGACAUGGACUCACGGACAAGGAUUUUUUAACGAAUUAUAAAUAUAUUGCUGUCUGUGACUCCAUGAACCUGGAGACUGCAGGUUACACUGUGAGUUUAUACAAUUUUCCUUUUAAUGUGUAAUAUGAAUAAAUAGUGCUCAUAAACGGCUGUUUAAAAUAAUAUCCUCUAUUGAGUGGAGGCUUGGAAGCAGAUACCUUAUGUCAUGACUUAUCAAGCGGACUCUUAAGAAAUUUUCGUCACCCUCACGCAUGCGUAAAAAAUGAACUAUACUUAGGCCUUCAGGGUACUUAUGGUUUACUGUGUAAAUUUGGAUGUAGAUUUGUGCGGGAUAUCAUGCCUCAUUUUAAGAGGCAAGUCACUCAUUUAGAAUUUUAGGUUACACAUUUUGGUAAAACCAGUCUCUUCAUCAAUACAUUAUUACACAUAUCUGGAUGAGUAAAGGCAAAUCUUUGUAAUCUACUUGAUUUAAAUGUUAUGCAAAUUUUUUGAGUACUUACUGUUAUUCAUUUAGAGGUCGCCAGGUUUGUCAGAUGUACAAUAAUUAUUGUAUUUGUACCAUAAUUUUGACCUCUGUACGAUUAAUAAUAAAAAAAUCCCAUAUUGUACAAUAAUUUUCACAUUUUGUGACACUUCAAAUGGUUGAUGCAAUCAUAGGGCUUUUAUACUCUGAUCUAGGAUGUGGAUCGUGAAUUACACAUGUGUGUAACGCAUGUCUUCUAUGACUUGGUUUUGGCUUGGGUUUGGGGGUAGGAUAGGGAUAAAAACAGCGGCCCUGGCUAGAAGGAAUAUAGCUACUGCUUAAAUCCCAUAAAAUGUUGGAUUUAGGGUUAGGUUUGGGGGUAGGAUAGGGAUAAAAACAGCGGCCCUGAUUAGAUGGAAUACAGUUACUGCUUUAAUCCCAUGAAAUUUUGGGUUUAUGUUAAGGCUCGAUGGAAUACAGCUAUGGCUUAAAUCCUGUGAAAUGUUGGGUUUAGGGUUAGGUUUGGGGGUAGGAUAUGUAAAAAACAACGGCCCUGACUAGAUGGAAUACAGCUACUGCUUAAAUCCCAUGAAGUUUGGGGUUUAGGGUUAGGUUUG